CUUGACAAUUGGGAUACGCAUUCCAGAGCGGGGGAGGCAUUCACUCAUCGGAAUUCGAACAAGACAGAUUUGGAAGACCCCAAGGAGACACGGACAGUCCUUAUCAGACAUGGACCCUGAUCGACAAAUCGGGCCAUUCGAUCCUUAUCGUUCUCUUAUAUGUCACCCCGGAAUCAUGGACUCAAGUGAGCAGCUUUGGUGUAUAAGAAGGAGCUAGUCAUGGCCGUAUUGGCAGGUUGGGUCUUCUCGUGUGCCAUCAACAGCUUUCCCACUUCACUUGUUGACACUCCUAUCCGUUGACCAAUCCCGUUUUAGCAGACAUCAACAUGGGGUCUGCCGCUGUUGAUAUUCCCCAUCCCUUCGACCCUUUAACGCUGGGCGAGAUUGAAACGGCCAUCAGCAUCGUCAAGACAGCCCAUGGCGAUGUCUUCUUCAACGUUGUGUCUUUGCAAGAGCCGCGUAAGGCCGAGAUGACAGCAUGGCUUGCAGAGCCCGACAAUGCCCCCCGGCCCAAGCGGGUUGCCGAAGUCGUGGUCAUUGCCCCUGGCGGCAAGGUGUACGACGGCUUGGUGAAUUUGGCCGAGGCCAAGAUCACCAAAUGGGACCUCCUAGACGGAGAGCAGCCGAUUAUCACCAUGGAAGAGCUCCAACUGGUUGAACACAUUGUCCGAAAAGACCCCAAAGUCAUCGAGCAAUGCGUCAUCAGCGGCAUCGGCCCCGAGGACAUGGACAAGGUGUACUGCGAUCCCUGGACCAUCGGAUAUGAUGAGCGCUUCGGCAGCUCCGUGCGGCUGCAACAGGCCCUCAUGUACUACCGUCCCGACAUCGACAAUUGCCAGUACCAGUACCCCUUGGACUUCUGCCCCAUCUACGACGCCGACAAGGGCGAGAUCAUUGCCAUCGACAUCCCCAAGGUCCGCCGCCCCUUAAGCAAGGCGCCGCCGCUGGAUUACCAUCCCGCCGCUGUCGAGAAGAGGGGCGGCUACCGGACGGAUCUGAAGUCCAUCAACAUCACCCAGCCCGAGGGCGUUUCGUUCAGGAUGGCCGGCCGGGAGAUUGCGUGGCAGAGCUGGAAGUUUCAUAUUGGCUUCAACUACCGGGAGGGUAUUGUUCUGAACAACAUUACCUACAAUGACAAGGGGACCCUCCGGCCCAUCUUUUACAGGCUGUCCCUGGCCGAGAUGGUCGUGCCAUAUGGGAACCCUGAACAUCCUCACCACCGGAAGCACGCCCUCGACCAGGGCGAGUACGGCGCCGGGUACAUGACCAACAGUCUUUCCCUCGGCUGCGACUGCAAAGGAACCAUCCACUAUCUAGAUGCACACUUUCCCACGCGCUCCGGCGGUCUGCGCACCAUCAAAAACGCCAUCUGCAUCCACGAGGAAGACGCGGGUAUUCUGUUCAAGCACACUGACUUCCGCGACGACUCGGUCAUUGUGACACGCGGCCGCAAGCUGAUUAUCCAGCAGAUCUUCACGGCUGCCAACUACGAGUACGUGGUGGCCUGGAUCUUCCACCAGGACGGCACCAUCCAGCCCGAGAUCAAGCUCACGGGCAUCCUCAACACGUACGCCAUGGACCCGGCCGAAGACACGCACGGCUGGGGCACCCAGGUGUACCCGGGCGUGAAUGCGCACAACCACCAGCACCUCUUCUGCCUCCGCAUCAACGCCAACGUCGACGGGCCAAACAACACCGUCUUCAUGUCGGAUGCGGUGCCCAGCGACGCGCCGGUGGGCAGCCCCGAGAACUACUACGGCAACGGCUUCUACAACCGGCGCACCAAGCUCGCCACGACGGGCGAGGCCGUGACCGACUACAACGGGGCGACGUCGCGCACGUGGGAGAUUGCUAACACCAACCGGCUAAAUCCCUUCAGCAAGAAGCCCGUCAGCUACAAGCUCGUCAGCCGCGAGGUGCCGGGCCUGCUGCCGAAGGAGGGCUCACUGGUGUGGAAGCGGGCGCCGUUUGCCCGGCACGCCGUGCACGUCACGCCCUACAAAGACGACCAACUCUACCCCGCAGGCACCCACGUACCGCAAACAUCGGGCAACACCCCACUCGGCAUAGUGUCCUGGAUCGGCUCCGGGCAGGAAAGCAUCGACAACACGGACCUUGUGCUCUGGCACACCUUUGGCGUGACCCACUUCCCGUCCCCGGAGGACUUCCCCGUCAUGCCGGCCGAGCCCAUGACGCUGCUGCUGCGGCCGCGCAACUUCUUUGCGGGAAACCCCGUUAUGGACGUGCCGCCGAGCUAUGUGAGGGUGCCGAGUGAGGUAAAGAAGGAAGAUGGGGGCUGGAAGGGGGUGAGCGAUGGUGUGAGUCGGUUGGCUUUCUCGGAGGUUGGCCCAGGGGGGUGUUGUAAGUCGUAAAGGGCGGUCGGUAAUACGCGGUGAUCGGUUUUGGUCUUGUGAGCGAGCAGCCGGUGUGUGCUGCCGGUUGGGUUUAGGGUCUGUAAAGGAGGGGUCAGAUACCUGUUGGCUAACGAUUGCAUCGACAAGUCUUACUUACAAAUAAAGAACAUCGCCC